GAUUUCCUUCUCCAGCAAGUCACUACAGUUCUAUCCUCUUCGGCUUCUAUAUACAAAUUUAGGAAGAAGCGAGUGAGAGAGAGAGAGCACGAAAAGAGUUUCAAUGGACGAUCCCGAAUUGGAGAUUCUAGUCUCUGAGCAGAAAAGAGAGCUAAUGGCCGCUAAUGAAGUCGAAUCCGAUCUCGAUUUCGCUUAUCGCUUGCAGUUACAGGAAGCUUUGUCUGCUUCCAUCGCACUUCAACCUUCUUCCUCUUCUUCUCCUCCAAUUCCCCCUCCUCCGGUGCCAUUAUCAGUGCAUGCCGAUGAAGGUACCACUGAUGGUGACAUCUCUCAUAUCAGGCGAGUCCAAGCUCAAGAGCUUGAGAGAUUCAAUCAGGAACGCAAGGAUCGUGAGCGGUGUGAAGCUGAGAUGCGUAGGAUCUCUUAUGACCUCAAGCUCCGUUUUCAUGACCAGCAGUUGGCUCGUGAGAUCGAUAACAUUCCUGAGGAUGAGUGGCAGGAAUAUGGGGACAACGUCGAGAGGCCUAUGGAGGAGGGUUGCUCUAGUCAGGCACCCCAGCUUUUCAGGUUGUACUUUAAGGGUUUGAUCAGUGAUGAGUGGGUUAAUGGUUCCAAGGUUAAGUUGUCUGCCAUUGGAGUUUCCAUCUGCGACCCUCGCGAUGAGGUGAUUCUCCAGAUACAGAAGCCGUUCGCCGGUGAUGGGAUGAAUAAUAGGACCAUAGAUGCCAAAGCUUUGAUCGAAGGACUCAAUGCAGCAUUGUCUUUGGAGAUUAAGAAUAUCGUCUUCUAUUGCGAUUCCUAUACACUCUACCAAUUUAUUUCUGGGAAAUGGUCAGUAAAGCAGCGCAAGUUGGCUAUGUUGGUUGAUCAGGUGGUUCUUCUUCGAAGAAAAUUUGCGACUAGUCACCCGAACCUUGUGGCAAGGAAUGAUGUUAAGUUUGCGUUUAAACUUGCGAGGGAUGCAAUAGAUUCUCAGGUCACAAGGUCCAAGGAGGCGAAAUAUGAAAUGAUUCUGACUGAGACCUGUACCAUCUGUUUGGAAGAUACCGAGUUGGAGCAAAUGUUUGCUGUUGAUGGUUGCUUGCACCGCUAUUGCUUUUCUUGCAUGAAACAGCAUGUGGAAGUCAAGUUGCUUCAUGGGAUGGUGCCUGGAUGUCCUCAUGAAGGCUGUAAAUUAAAGCUGAGUGUAGAUAGUUGUAGAAAAAUCUUGACUCCUAAGUUAGUUGAGACCAUGAGCCAACGCAUAAAGGAGUCUUCAAUUCCUGUGACGGAGAAAAUUUAUUGUCCAUAUCCAAGAUGUUCUGCUUUGAUGUCCAAAACUGAGGUUCUAGAGAAUGCCAAAAAUUUAUGCUUUGAUCAAACUGAUGUCAGGAAAUGUAUAAAAUGCCAUGGUCUCUUCUGUGUUAAUUGCAAGGUCCCUUGGCAUUACAACAUGACCUGUUCCGAUUAUAGAAGGUCAAAUCCUUACCCUCGUGCGGAGGAUGCUAAGUUAAAGUCUCUUGCAACUCAAAAGUUCUGGCGCCAGUGUGUGAAGUGCAAUCACAUGAUUGAACUAGCUGAAGGUUGCUUCCAUAUGACAUGCAGGUGUGGUUAUGAGUUUUGUUAUACCUGUGGAGCAGAAUGGAAAAACAAGAAAGCCACUUGUUCCUGUCCACUAUUUCACGAGGACUAUAUUUUGAAUGAAGAUGGUUUUGAUGAGGAAGAUCAGUACGACUCCGAUGAUGAUUUUGGGAGAGAUUUUGAGAUGGCUCCUGACCAUCGGCCGUUUUGGAUGAGAUGAUGACUUUGAUGAUGAAGACUUCUAUGAUUCCAAUGUGUCCUAUGAGACACAUGAUAAGUACAACUGUCUCUCUAGGAAAAAAAAUUUAGUGGAGAAAACAAUAGUCGCCUCCAUAGAAAGUACUGUAAUUCUGCAUUUGAUGAAACUAAAUGAUAUGAUAGUUAUGAUGCUUAUCAUCCUCUCAUUCUUUAGUCCUAGGUUGAUUUUCCAUUCAUUCUUUAGUUGUAGCUCUCAAACCUCGCAGUAGGAGGAGCCUUGUGCACUGGGUUGCUCUCUUUCUUUUUUUCCUCUUUAGUUGUAGGUUGAUUUUCCAUUCA